CUCUUACAUAGUAGAUAGUUUUCCCCUUCUUCUCCAGACAUUUCUGUCUCUCAGCCUUGCGAGCCCACUUUGCAAUAUUAUGUUGGUUAUAACCUAGAGCACGCUAUAUUCCUCAAGCUCGUCCAAUUGUCCAAAUUGAAGUUGCCACUUUGUUGCAAACCACCUACUUGUUCGAUGAAUUGAGUCCUCUAAUAGUGGGAUUCUGGACGAGCGAUCAUCGCGAUCUCUUGCUACACUCUUGCUUGCUUACCAACGUAUCUCUUCUCUCUGUACGUCAUUCUCUCUUUCAAGAGCCGGAGACCCGAUACCUACCACCCCCGAUCGGAUAGAUCUCUCAUCAACCGGUAUCAACUACGUUAUGGCGGCUCGGAGGUCAGCUCGCUUGGGUGCUUUGGCCGCAAAUACGAAUGUGGCCAAAUCCAUGGCGCCACCGGCACCUAUAUCGCGACCUCGCAAAAGAAAGAUAGGAGUGGAGGAGAUCGUCCCAGCCGACGGAGAUGCCGGCUUGGCGUCCGCACCCUCAACCCCCCAGAAGCGGCGAGCAAAGAAAGACACCGCCCCUCCACCAGCGACCCCAACCCCUAGUGUAGUUGGCCUCAUGGGCGAGAGCGCCGGCAGCAUGACUCCGUCUCGAAAGCCCAGGCCAUCGGCAGUGAACCGUCUGGCUGAUCCUACCUUGACCAACGCGGUUCUCCUAUCUCCAGAGACGUCGCGCGUGGUGGCAUCGAAGACGGCCGAGCCGAUCUCCCCCUCAAAAGUCGACUCCGCAGGGGCCACAACAACAGCCACCAUCCUCGAGCAGGCCUGCGCCCACAUCAUCAAGAUCGACGCGCGCAUGAAGCCGCUGAUCGACGCGCACCACUGCCGCAUCUUCAGCCCCGAAGGCCUGGCCGAGCAGAUCGACCCCUUCGAGAGCCUCGCCAGCGGCAUCAUAAGCCAGCAGGUCAGCGGCGCGGCGGCCAAGGCCAUCAAGGGCCGCUUCGUGGCGCUGUUCGCCGACGACGACGGCGCCCCGGCGGCGCAGGGCACCCACCGCUUCCCCCACCCGUCGCAGGUGGCGGCGACGUCGCUCGAGCGGCUGCGCACAGCGGGGCUUUCGCAGCGGAAGGCGGAGUACCUCGUGGGGCUGGCGGAGAAGUUCACGGCCGGGGAGCUCUCGGCGCAUAUGCUCGCGGAUGCGCCGUAUGAGGAGAUUGUGGAGAAGCUGACGGCGGUGCGGGGCCUGGGCCGCUGGAGCGUCGAGAUGUUUGCGUGCUUCGGGCUGAAGCGCAUGGACGUCUUCUCGCUUGGCGACCUGGGGGUACAGAGGGGCAUGGCAGCGUUCGUCGGGCGGGACGUGGCCAAGCUGAAGGGCAAGGGGGGCAAGUGGAAGUACAUGGGCGAGAAGGAGAUGGUGGAGAUUAGCGAACGGUUUAGGCCGUAUAGGAGCCUGUUCAUGUGGUAUAUGUGGAGGGUCGAGGAGACUGAUAUCAGCACGAUGGAGUGACCGUCAUGAUUUGUUCGUUGCCAUGUGUGGGGUGAGAAGCAAGGGUUCGAACUGGGGAGCCGAAGAAGCCUCUUUGGUCACCUCCGGGCUCUGUGUGCCUCGCGAUGUACGGCCGGGUCAGACGCAAAAGACGACCUCGAGGCUCGUGGCCACAAUGGGAAUCGACAGGCCUUGCGCUGGUUGCGUUAUCGUCAAUGAAGAACAUCGGGACACGGGAACAGAAACUCGUCAGCUGCCUUCUCUGAUUGCCGAAACAAGAUAUGGUUCCGUGGCCAUUGUUGAUUUAUCUAUCUCUGGAUUGUAUUCAUGUCUGGUUCCUCCCAUCCUGGUUGGUGAGAAUUGCAUCUCGGCAUGUGCGUCUGGUAUAAUAAUACUUAAGUUUAUUACUCCUCAA